UCCCACACGCUGUCUAAUUUAAUGCGUGGGCUGGCAGCGUAGUAGUGAGUCGGAGUGCUCUAUAAAAGCUGCGACUCAGUAGUCUCAGUGCGCGCAUAUUUACUGCACCUCUCUUUUGCAAUAGCAUCUUAUUAUUUGUACUGUUUGUUGGAUAAUUUCUCUGUAAGAAAGGGCUUGUCUAUGGUUUUGACCGGGUCCUCCAAGAUGUCUCGUACCGAAGAGGUGCACCGUAUAACGGAGAAUGUUUAUAAGUCCAUCAUGGAGCAAUUUAAUCCCUGCCUGCGGAACUUCGUUGCCAUGGGGAAGAGCUACGAGAAGGCACUUUCCAGUGUGACAUUUGCAGCAAAGGGCUACUUCGACGCACUGGUGAGGAUGGGUGAACUUGCCAGCGAAAGUCAAGGCUCUAAGGAUCUUGAAGAGGCAGCAUGGGAUGUGUUGUUUCAGAUGGCAGAAGUACACCGGCAGAUUCAGAUGCAGCUGGAAGACAUGCUAAAGUCCUUUCACAAUGAGCUGCUGACAGAGCUGGAGAAGAAGGUGGAGCUGGAUGCCAGAUACUUGAGUGCCGCUCUGAAGAAGUACCAGAUGGAACACAAGAGCAAGAAUGAGUCCCUGGAGAAGUGUCAAGCUGAGCUGAAGAAACUACGCAGGAAGAGUCAGGGCAGCAAGAACCCACAGAAAUAUGGGGACAAGGAUAUGCAGUAUGUGGAAACCAUCAACGGUAAGCAGAGCGAACUGGACGGCUACACAGCUGCGGGAUAUAAAACAGCGCUGUCGGAGGAGAGGAGGAGGUACUGCUUCCUGGUGGAACGGCAAUGCGCUGUCUCUAAAAACAACAUUGCUUACCACGGCAAGGGCAAGGACUUACUGACCCAGAAGAUUCCGGGCUGGCAGCAGGCUUGCUCCGACCCCAACAAGCUGCCUGAGAGAGCCAUGCUCCUGGCACAGCAGAUGGCAUCGAGCAGCGGAGGAACAUUGAUCUCCAGCCCCAUGCAUUCCUCCAAAUCCAACCUGGUCAUUUCAGACCCGAUCCCUGGGGCCAAACCCCUGCCUGUCCCCCCAGAGCUGGCACAAUUCGUGGGGGGAGGAGCUCUGGGCCACCCCUCGCGGCUGAUGGGACAGGAUGGAGGGACCCUGGUGAAUGGAUCUGCAGGUGCGGGCCACAUUGAGGACUACAGCCAGUGGGCAGAGAGCAAGGCAUUGCAGGACAAACCCCCCUCACCCCCUCAGGGCCAGAGGCAGCUGAGCGAGGUCCACUCCAACACUCUGCCUGUCCGCAGGGCAGUGCCACCCAAGGGCAAACCCCAGCUGGCUGAGAACAGGACCCUGCCGAGGUCAAGCUCCAUGGCAGCCGGGCUGGAGAAGAAUGGGCGAACCCGGGUCCAAGCCGUCUUCUCCCACGCGGCGGGCAAUAACAGCACACUGCUGAGCUUCUCUGAGCGUGACAUCAUCACGCUGCUUGUGCCAGAGGCCAGAGAUGGCUGGCAUUACGGGGAAAAUGAGAAGACCAAGAUGCGAGGUUGGUUCCCCUUCUCUUACACCAGAGUCCUGCCAGAGAAUGAGGACAAGCUCCAUGUGAGGCUGCACCAUGGGAAGAGCAGCAGCACAGGGAACCUGCUGGAGCGGGAUGACCUCUCCCUGCCUGCUCCUGACUACGGCAUUACCUCCCGCCUCCUGGGGCAGAGCGCAGGUCACUCCCGGCCACGUCCCUACAGCGUGGCAGUGCCUGUCUUCUCUCAGCAGGGUCUUGAGGAUUAUGAGUCACGAUUUGCUACCAGUUCCGAUGGCAAAUUGAUUUCAACAGUAUGAGGACAGACAGCCCUGAAUAGGACAGGCGUGAUUCCCGCUUUGGAAGAUGCCCCUUCCCUCCUUGCUUUCUUCCUUUCUUCCUUCUGCCUGCGUUCCCUUUUAGCUGCGUUACUGUUAGAUGGGCCUGGCCGGGAGGGGGAGUCUGAGAGAACAGCGCAUCGGGUGUCUCCUUUCGGAAUAUGGACCUUUUUUUUUUUUUUUUUUUUUUAAAGUAAAUAAUAAAAUGGACUACUCUGAUGUAAUCAUUUGUCGUCUUUCAUGCAUGUACAUAAGUUUAUAAUGGAACCCCAGAAUGUGACACUUCUAAAUAAAUACAUUUGCAUUUUUUAAAAUUACUGUAUGUGACAUUGAGUGACUAUAGCAUUAGCAUAAUACUGCAGCAAACGUCUUGUAUAUUACGCACUGAAAAAAAUGAACAUUGUUUGUUUUAUCCCUGUUCGUAAAUUAGUCUUAGGGGAAAACUUCUAAAUGGUGCUAGAAUACUUCAUUUAAAAAAAAAAAAACUGUGAUCAUUAUACCUCAGAUGUACUGUAUGUAUGAAUUUGCUACCUGAUAUAUUUUUCAUCACCAUAUGAGGACUGCAUUUGAUAUUUUUAAAUUGAAAUCUAAAUGGCACACACACCAAUAUACAAUUCUUACUAGUUUAGUUCUGAAUUCUGGAUAAGGAGCUGGUGGCUCGGCCUGCCUCCGGUUCCAUUUUAUCAGGCAAAAAUGAAGCAGUCCUUCUUGCAGAGACAGCAAUAGGAACAGCAACCAGGCUUGGGGUCAGUUCCCGUUUUCUAAUUCCUUUUUAAAAUCAAUUUCCAAUUUCUUCAUAGGGAUUGAUGUUUUAGAGACAUCAUAAUUGUUUGUGUCCAGCUGCAUUCGUUUGAAGCCAGUUUUAGAUGACUAACAUUCUUCAACCAAAGUAACUGCUGCCACUGUGAGAAGCACAUUUUAUCAGAGUCCUGCUCAUUGUGGUUUUGAAAUGGAAUUGGAACUGACACUAACCCUGAAAGCAACCUCAACUGAUUUUACACUGCAGUGUUCUGCAAAUUCUGUAAAGGAUUGUGAGGCUGAAUCCAUUUGAGUGGUCCACUGUAUUAUUUCAUUUAAAAAAAAAAAAAAACUAACAUGGCGAGUGGCUGUUGCUUCGUCUUCUGUCGAGGCGCCCGCUUGAACCCAUGUCCAGGCAGCUCAGACUGAGGACAGAUCAAGUCAGAUGGCAACCCUUUCGAUCCUAGUUUGCCUGUUGCGACAUUGAUUUGAGCAACAACUGUGGUUUGCAGAUUCAAAUUCUCUUUUAUACAUCAACUCUUAGGCUGAGGGCAAGGCAGACAACUGGAAUAUAUAUUCACAUAUAAGACUUCACAAACCGAUCCGUUUUAGAGCUACAGGCACGUCAAUAGAAGAGUUAAUCCACAGGAAAAAUUGGCUAAGCAGAAUGCUGCCACCUAUAUUUAGUCAGAGGGAAGGUUGGAAAUGCAGCUGAAGUCUGGCAGUCCGGUCACAAUGUCCACUUCACAUAAUCAUUGUUUUACACACAGUGUGCGAGUGCAGAGUGUAAUUGCAUUAUUGAUCUCGAACGGAACUGAAUUCAUUCUCUCACAUAGGGAUUAUUCAGUGGAGGUGUGUCUUCUAGGCAGCUAUGCGUAACAAGUCUUUUGUGCAAUUUAAAGAUUCCUUGUAAAUAAUAAAUACAUGAUAUUAACCUGCUGAUGUUUCUAAAGGGUUUGCAGAGAUGCAGCCCUUUACAGUAAUGUUUCUUUUUUUCUUGAUUGAUUGAUUGUGGUUGAACCGAAGUCUUCCCUAAACACUGUCAAUCUUUAAUCUCUGUUUUGAUAAAUUUAGAGACAAAAGCAGUAGAAUGGGAACAUCUGGGAACUGCCAUUGCUUCUUCUUUCUCCACUAAAAUAAUGCGAAGGUAUGACGUCAAAGUGUCACGGCAAAACGAUUACUAUAUAUAUAUAUAUACUGUAUAUAUUGUUUUUCUUAAACACACAUCUUUUUGUUGUAAAAAAAGAAAAGCAGCAUGUUUUUGAUGGACACCAAAACUGUAAUAAGAUUGCUAUUAAAUGUAUGGCGACUUUCUACUGAAAACAAAUCAAACAAACUCUGAAUAAAAUCUGAAAAUAAACACUAUUUCUGGUAGUGACUCCAUGCCAA